AUGAAAUCGUUCUCGCUUUCCUCUCUACUUCUCCCUGUUGCUCUCGGUCUGGUUCUUGCAGAACAGGCCAAUGCUAUCUGCCCCGGCUACAACUACGGGAUUGGCAACGUCCAACACCUUGCAGAUGGUGGUGAUCGCUGGACCAUCUACGACACCAACUGCGGUCCUGUUGACAGUCUCGUGACGGACCAGAACCCUUGUACCCAGGGUGUCUUUGAGUGUAGCCCACCACCAAUUAAGUUUGUGGAGUAUACGAAUAGGUUCACUGGGCUGAGAUACGCGUGUCGACCGGACUCAAACUCGGGCUCCUGCGGUGGGGAUGUUAUCUCGGUUUGUUGCCGCAAUGACGGAAACUGA